AUGGCACCUUCAUACGACGGACCACUCACCAUCGAGUCCUUGACAGAACUAUUCAAAUCGUAUGGUUUUUUAAACGUGCAGGUAUCCGAUGGCCGUGAUAAGGAACACAAGCGCCGUGUCCUGCGUGGCUUUGGAACGUUACCUGUGGCCGAAGACGAGCAAUAUAUGCGCGCUGAUGACGAUGCUGAGAAGACUGCCGAGAAGCAAGAUAAUACAGCUAAGACUUCGGAGGGAAUGAAUAGUACCUCAGCCGAUGAUCGAGAGAAGCAGCAAUCAGCCGGCAUGGGAUAUGCUGCGGGAAUGUCAAAGAGCCAGAAGCGCAGAAUGCGUGAAGCUAAGAAGAAGGCUGAGAAGGAAGCUAAGGCUACGGCUACAAAUACGGUGCUUGGCGAGACGACUGCGACUACUCAAUCAAAGUAG